AUGAAAGGAAUUCAUGAAUCUAAAAAAAAGUUUACUCAAAUACAAAUUGCAACUUCUGCAAUGCUUUCUAAUAAAAAUUCGAAUAGAAAUGAUGGGACAAUUCAAGAAUUAGAAAAUGAGGAUACAGAAUUAGAAAAGACUCAGCAAUCAGAAAAAAAUGGUAAAAUUAGUUCAGUUAAUGAAUGGCAAGAAACUGUAAAUGAUUGGAAUUCUCUUGUAGAAGAGGAGAAAAAAAUGAUACUAGAAUCAAAUCAUCCAGAUGAUCCAGAUGAAGAAAAUGAAGAGUUGAUAGAAUAUAGUUUUGAAAAUGAACAUCCUGCUAUU